CUAUAUUAUGCACACUUCCUGUUGUUGCUUUCCUGUUAUUAUUUAUUUUAGCCGAUGAUCAUAUUACAUUAUGGGCCUGUUUGGAAAAUCAAAUGAAAAAUCGCCAAAAGAUAUGGUGAAUGAAUGGACGCAUAAAUUACGUAAAGAAGGUUUUAACAUAGACAGACAGAUCAAAGGUAUACAAAGAGAGGAAGAGAAGGCAAAACGGCAUAUGAAAGAUGCAGCCAAAAAAGGAGAAAAAGGAGCUUGUAAAAUCCUGGCUACUGAAAUUGUCAAAUCACGAAAAGUUGUGAAUAAACUAUAUGCAUCAAAGGCACAUAUGAAUUCUGUAUCUAUGAACAUGAAAAAUCAACUAGCAACAUUAAGAAUAGCUGGAGCUCUUGAGAAGAGUACAGAUGUGAUGAAAAGUAUGCAGGCAUUAAUUAAACUACCAGAAAUACAACAAACCAUGAUGGAAAUGUCAAAAGAAAUGAUGAAGGCAGGUAUAUUGGAGGAAAUGCUAGAAGAUACAAUGGAAGGCUUAGAUGAUGAAGAUAUGGAUGAAGAAAUUGACACAGAAGUUGCCAAAGUUUUAGAUGAACUCACCAGUGGUGUACUGGAUAAGGCACCUGAUGCCCUACAUGACACACUACCAUCAGCAACAGUAGAGGCAGAGGGCGCCACUGCAUUAAGUGAAGAUGAGGGAGAGGAAGAUCUGACGAGUCGAUUGGAAGCUUUAAAGAGUUAAUGUUGAUCAUGGGACCUAUUUGUUAUUGUGAUAUUUUAUACUUGUUAUUUAUUAUACCAUUAUUGAUAGCAUGCCUGGCUUGGGUCAUAUACACAAGUUACAUCCUCCACAUUAACUUCAGUAACACUGUUUUCAAUGUGUGAUAUACCUGUUUUAUAAACUUUUGUAGGUCAUGUAGGUAGAAAUCCAAUUACUGCCAGUAAAACAAUCACUAUUUGCUUUAUGUUUCGAAACCUUGUAUGCUACCUUAGCUAGAUAUGUCUAGCUCUAUUGAUAUAUCUUCACAAGUCUUAUCGAAUUGCAACAAGAAUCAAAGUCGAAGAACAAAAAAUAUUUCUGUUAUUAAAUUGUUAGAUGAUUUUAAAAUGUUUAUUUUGUGUUUUGUUAUUU